ACGCGCUGUUGUCAACUCCUGAUUGUCACCAUAUCACGUGUGUGACGCGACCCACCUCUAUCCCGUACACUUUGCCGAUUGUUUUUCGGUUUCUCUGGUGCAUGUAAUCAUCUUUGCUCCGCAAAUUACAAUAACAAUAUCAUAUUUUUCCCACUUUUCACAUUGGACAAACUAAACAACUUGUUACAUAGAGAUUGUUUGUUUUCCACGGUUUUAUUGCAUUGGCGACUGAUUGUUGUUUGUUUACGAGGAAAACGUCAUUAUUCACGAUGAAGACAUACGCGUUCUCCUCCGUCGCCGACUUCUACAACAACGAUUCGCAUCCGAAAUUCAUGUUGUUCACUACCCGCGCUCGCGCUUUUUGAUAAAUGCAUUUACUUUAUUCGAGAGCCAAAUAUUCCUUGUUUAGGUAUAUAUUGUCGGUGGAUAUGUGACAGCGCCGACAUGAAGAAAGCGCACAAUUUGAUUGCUGUGGAACCAACCGCCGAAGCCAGCGAAUCUAUCAAAAAACUGUACAAGAGUAUUACAGAAGUUUCCCAUUUUUUGGAUGAUCAACGUGGCCGUUCUUUAACAUGCAAAGAUCUUUUUGCUGUUAACAUCGAAACUCAACGUGCAAAGCUAAAGAAUUACUGUGAAAGAAUGAUUUUUGCUGAUCCGUUGUGUUAUGGAAAGAAAGCUGAAGAAAUCUUAUGGCGUAAAAUCUACCAUGAUGUUUAUUCCACUGCUAAAAUACUGAAAAAAAAUAAUGUUUGGAGUAAAAGUGAAAUGGCGUUAUUAGAAAACCAUUUUCAAUCUGGCAUUGGAUGUUAUUAUCACAUCCUGUUUAAGUUUCAAGCAGAAAUUAAAUUUGACAAGCCCAAUAUAUUUGACUUUUAUUUGUUAUCAAACGACGAUAUAGAUGCUAAUAUUGUUAAAAAAGACUGUAUAACAUUACUAAAAAAAAAUGACAAAGCUAUUCAAGAAGAAGCUGGUAUGAAACAGAUAAUUUACCGUUGUUUAAUAAGUUUGGGUGAUUUAUCACGCUACCAAUACGAACUAAACAAACUAGAUAUAUGCUACUCAACAGCAUGUCGUUAUUACCAUCAAGCAUUGAAGUACAAACCAAAUUAUGGACUUCCCCACAAUCAAAUUGGACGUUUAGCUGUAUCAAAAGACCAACACUUAGAUGCCAUCUACCGAUAUGUUAGAUGCGUUUUCAGUAUUGAACCAUUUGAAGGAGGAGAAAAAAAUUUGAUACUAUCUUUGCAGGAGAAAUCUGAAAAAAUAAACAACAUAUUUCUAGAAAAACUUUUUAUAAUCAUUGAUUUUUGGUAUAACGGGAAAGACUGUUUUCAAGAAUUAGAUCAAGUAUAUUCUGAAAUUAUUACUAUGCUACAUGAUAUGUGCUUAAAUAAUUUUAAAAAAAACAAUGAAAUGCUAAACAACAAUAUUGAAUCUUGUAAAGAAGAAAAUACAUGCAAAGGAAACAUUUCAAUUAUAAAGAAUGAAGAAGUAUUUAAAAUAAGUGUAAUCAUAAUCGCUUGUUUAAGCAAACUGCAUCAAAAUGAAUCAAAGUGUCUACCGAAGGCAGAGUUGUUCUUCUUUGCAUUUAUGGAACAAUUGAUUAUGCAAUGUGUGAAUCACUAUUUAAAAACUUUACCACAAUUAGUUGAUCCUAAUAUAGAUCAUACAAAAUUGAAUCGCAGACGUCGUAGACGAGGAUUUAUGAAACAUUCUUCGCCAGACUCUCAAGAUUGGAGCGGUGAUGAAGCUGAAAGUGUAAUAAGUCCAGAUGACGAAUCUGAUGAAAGCGAAGAGGAAAUUUUAGUAUUUGAUAUGAAGGGACCUAAUGAUGACAAAAGUAAAAAUGAGUCUGAUGGAUCAAAUGAUAGUGGUACGUCUUCAUUCAAUUCCGAUAAAAAAAAGAAUAAUCCAAAAAUGAAUUUAAUCAAUUUACCAUUUCCAGAAGCAAUUAACUUGUUUUUUAAUUGGCUUAAUGAGCGUGUGAAAUCAAUAAAUCCAAAUCUCCCAAUAGAGUUAUUGACAAACACAGUUAUGUUUUUAAACUAUUUAUCACAAUCUAACAUUGAAAAUGAUUAUCCAGAUUUUAAAGCUGAUCAGUUAUUAUUACCAGAAGAAGAACAUUUAAGAGGAAUGACAGCUUUAUAUGAAUUUAAAGUGGGUCUCUAUGACAAUCACUGUUUUAAAAAUGAGGGUGUGAUACGACUCAUGAAAAUCUUGCACUGCGCUAAAGAAGUUGCAUCAAAUAAUGUGUUGUUUACGUACGAUAGUGAAAAAAAAUGGUUCUCAUCAUGCAACACUUUAAAACAAGUCGAGAAGAAAACCGAAAUCGACGCGAAACGCGACAAACAACACGUUAUGGGCAAGUUGUGGCUCCGAGCCGAAGUCGACAAUCUAGAAGUAAAAAUGAAGUACACGUCCAGAAAGAAAAAACUUCCCACGUGCUUGGUGGUAGACACCGACGCGCUAAUCAAUCAUUCGCUGAUUGUCAAGAAACUGGUGAACAGCACGAUGUUUGUCGUAGUAGUGCCGGCUAUCGUAAUAUCGGCGCUGGACGAACAAAAAAAACUCAGCAAAGAAGUCAGGUUGACCAUACGUUGGUUGGAGUUUCAGUUGCAACAAGGUAAUUGCAACCUAAAGUCGCAGGGUAUACACGAAUCGAGACCGAUCAAACUUGAAGCAUUACCGAAGUUAACCAAAGAAGUCUGUCAUUUUAAACACAUUCUGGAAUGUUGUAAUUAUUUCAUUGACGAAUGUGAUGAAAGCAAUGGUCUUUUAACGCUAAUAACAGGAUCAAACGACCUGUUGGACUCGCAAGAGCUAAUGAAAAUGGCUAAAUCCAUUAAAAUUAAUGUUGAACACAUUCAGAAGUUUCAAAUGCAAUUAAAAAUAUCAAAAAACAAGGGUUGAUGGCUAACAUAUGGGUGUGGUUGGAUAUUAUGAUAAUUUUUUUGUUCACUCAACUGCAGCUGUUGUACAACAUCUAUCAUUGUACGAAGCCAACGACAGUUCGUUUAUCGUUUACACCGUGUCAACGUGUUUCGAUCGAGCAACGUCCGGCACUACCAGUUGCAACUUCUGAAGAAGUUGUUGAGCUCAGUAACAAAACGGACAUUUGAUGUACUCAUCGUCAUUUACCUUUGCGUAUACUGCAAAUAAUAAUAAUGUAUAAUCAAUAAAAUUCAAGGUUAUAAUUAUAAUUCCGAUAACCAAA